UUUGGCAAAUAUAUCAAAUCCCAUUAGAAGAACAUGUUGAAUUCUGCUAACUUGGGUUUAUGAGUGAAAAUCUAGUUAAAUGUGAUUUAGUACAAAGUGCAUACUUGCCAAAAUUGUUUAUCAUAUAUAGACAACCUGAUUUUCCUAGUUACUUCCAGCAUUGGUUUGUUUGACAUAUUUCUGCCUAAUCACUUGCGUUUCUCGAAUUGGUGCUUAACAACAGUGUACUUAAUGAAACAAUAAAAAAUGAAUUGGCAUAAUCUUUCCUUCUCAUCCAGACAUCCACCAUGGUUUGGCCAAUUAAUAAAUGUUCUGUUUUGCCUUUUCCUUUUUCUUACAAGUGGGGUGCUUCAAUUUCAGUUAAAAUCAAACUUGUCAGUUGAUUAAUCCGCCUAACAAUUGAGGCAUAGUAAUAGAUGUUGCACCAACCACCAAGUUCUUAAAAUAGACUAAAAAUAACGUAAACUGCAAAGUUUGUAUUUUUAAAUGUGUGUUCCCCUAAAAUAUUUUUUUAUAUUUCAUAGUUCCGAUUCCCCCGGAUCAAUAAGAGUAUCCACUUAGCCAUUUACAUACUCUUAAGAAAAUACGAACUCCUAAAAAAAAAAUUGAUUAAAUUACUUAUAAUUAAAUAUAUAUUGAGAUUUAAUCACAUAACACUUGAUAGUGGCAAAUCUAAAAAUAUAACAUUAAUUCUUUCUUGAUUUGAUAAGUAGACACUCUUUUGAUAAAAAAAAAAUAGCUAAGUGAACAUUCUUUUUUAUCCGAAGGGAGUAUCAAAUAUCUGACAGACACCAAAAUACUCAUUUUUGACAAACUUAAAAAGACCAAAGCUCUGCUUAAAUGAUACUCACAGGAGCUACUUAUUUUGAACCAAAGUGCACCUUCUGUGACAGUAUCUAUGCAAGUCCCUCUGAACCAUGGCAACUAAACUGGUGGAAUUCAACCCAAAACGGAGCAAACCCGCUAUUCCUACUCAAUUUCCAUCAAGUUCAAUCCCUAUUUUGCCAGGAGAACUUAUCACUGAAAUACUUUCAAGGCUUCCAGUGAAAUCUCUUUUGAAGUUCAGGUCUGCUUCAAAAUCUUGGCUUGCUUUAAUAUCUAGUCCUGAAUUUAUCAAGAACCAUCUUAGUAUAUCUGCUAAUAACAAAGAAUACACCCACCAUAGGCUUAUAUUGAGUUUUCCUGGACCUAGAUCCAUUUACAAUAAUCUUAAGGACUGUUCCCUUGGCUCUUUACUGGAUGGGUCUGUUGUGGAAGUAUCAGAAUUGAAUCGCCCACCCGGGACUUUUUGGUUUGUUAUGGGUUCUGUGAAUGGAUUGGUUUGUCUUGUCAGUGGAUUGUGUAUUUCUUUUGUCAAUGAGAAAAAAAAAGUGGUUCUAUGGAAUCCAUCUAUUAGAAAGUACAAGAAAUUGCCUGAUCUUGGAACUAGUUUGAGCAAAGCUACCUGUGUCUUAUUUGGCUUUGGGUAUGAUGAGUUCCAUGAUGAUUAUAAGGUGGUGGGGUUUUAUUACUCUUUUGGCAAUUUGUCUAGUGUUGAGGGCAAAAUAUAUAGUCUAAAGGAGGAUUCUUGGAGAAGCACCCAUUAUCCUCUUCCAGAUGAGUUGCGAUUCUAUGGUAAGGGUAUGUUUGUGAAUGGGAAGCUUCAUUGGACAUAUCGUGGUCGUAAGAUCAUACACAUAAUUUCUAUUGAUUUGGCUGAUGAGAAAUGGGAAAAGGUUGAGCCACCAUGUUGGGGAGAAGAAGAUGUUUUGAUUUUGGAUCUGGUAGUACUGGGAAAUAAUCUUUCUGUGAUAAGACAUGGUUAUCCUCGAAAUGUUAAUCCCGACACAGAUGUGUGGGUUAUGAAGGAGUAUGGGGUUAAAGAAUCUUGGACAAAGAUGUUUACCUUAAAAUAUCCUGUGUCGUCGCCACCCUUUUUAAUUUCAAAUAAAGAUGAAAUUUUGCUUAUGUUUGGAAAAAAAUUCUUGUUGUACAAUCUGAAGGAUGAAUCUGUUUGCCCCGGAUUCGGUAAUCAAUUGAAUUUGUGUGUGAGUAUAGGAUAUGUGCUUGAGUCCCAAUGUUUAUUACAAACCGUGGAUGAGAAUGCUUAUUGAUAAACGUGCAAGGAG